AUGGACUAUAUUGAGGAGCAUAAGGUAUUGUUUGGAACUCACAUGUUGUCUGAGGAAGCUGAGGAUUGGUGGGAUAAUACAUGCCAAAUACUAGAGGUUACUGGUACUGAGGUUACUUUAGUCGUGUCCAGAGUGCAGUUUCUAGAGAAGUACUUCUCUAAGGAUGAGCGCAUCAAGAAAGAAAUUGAAUUCCUUGAGUUGAAGCAAGGAAAUUCGACGGUUGUAGAGUAUGCUGCAAAGUUUGAGGAACUAGUGAAAUAUUUUCCGCACUAUAACAAGGUUGUUGCUAAGGGUUCAAUGUGCAUAAAUUUUGAGAGUGGGAUACGUCCCAAGAUCAAACAAGUUGUUGGUUAUCAGGAGAUCGAUCGCUUUUGUAUGCUAGUGAAUAAGUGCAUAAUCUAUGAUAAAUACAAUAUAACCCAAUCUACUCACUACAAGAGUAUUAGUGAAAGGAAAGGGAAGGGAAAUUUUCGAAGAAAGUGGUAUGGUGUGAUAGGUCAUUAUGCCAAUGAGUACUCCAGUGCUGAGAAGAAAUGUUACAAGUGUGAGAAGAAAGGGAACCUUAUCGCUUAUUGUAAAUGUAAUGAUAAGACUUGA